AUGAUGUACCAGUUACCUUCAUAUAACCCCAGUGAUAAAAUCUCAAUUCCAGCUACAUUCCAAACGUCACUGUCACACCUGGACAUUGUGUGGUCUGAUGUGUCCGAGACUGUUGGCUCAAAGAUAAACCCUGGCCUAGCUAAACAGCGUCAGGCUGACUUUCUUAAAGGAGUCCCACCAAAGUGGCUGAACUUUUACCCAGCAAACUUACCACUGGUGGAAAGGGAUGGAUUUAAUGGUUUAAUAGAGUUAAUUGAGAAAAGAAAAAGAAAAUACUGUCUCAUCACUGAAGUUUCUUUACGAUACCAGUCUGGCAGUGGAGGCUCAACUCUCGCCAUGCAGGUGCUUUGGCGUUUCCGGAAAGAUCUCAGAUGUGCCAAAGUGAUCGAUUCAGAUCUAGACACCAAAGAGCUGUCGAAACAAGUGCUGGACCUUUUCCUGCUGCCUAAUGAACAACAUGCUGAACAAGAUCGGAGAACUGUGCUGCUGUUACUGGACACCAAGGAAAAGAUAAAUGAUCUGCCUAUCAAGAAGGUUCUCUGGGAAGACCUGAUUGAAGAAAUACAUAAGAGGGGCAUCAAUACGAAAACUCCAGCUGUGAUCAUUUUGAACUGCAUCCCUACAGACUUCACUCUAAAAGACAAAUUGAUUCUUCCUCCAAACCUGUCUGAAGGGGACAAAAAACAAUUCAAGGAACAACUUCUGCAACAGAUCCGACUACAGAGAAAAGGCCACUGGAAAGUUACAACCAUAAGUCUGUUGCACCACAAAGACAGCGGCGGAUCAGCGCUAGCUAGUGAGGUACUGAGAGACUUGAGUGAAGAGUUCACAUGUGAAACCCUGACAGAACCAUUCAAAACAGAUAUUGCAGAAAAUAAAGACGAGUUUGAGGAAGAGAUUGAAAAUAUGGCAAAUAAAUUGCUCAGCAUUUAUAAAAGACCUGUGCUUCUCCUGUUGGAUCAUGAAGACGAUAAGCCCCUACGGUACUUAUUAAAGAAUCUGCUGUCAAAGCUUCAGCACGCUUACCAAGCUGACCACCCUGCAUUCAUCAUUAUCAACGCUGUUAGCAAGAGCGCUGUUCGAGUGCCAGGCGAUGUGAAGCUUAAAAUGGAGCUCCUACCAGAUGAGAAGCAGAGGUUUGCUCAGAAAAGGCAGGAGAUUGAACAGAAAUACAAGAAAAUGUCAGAUAAGUUUCAUGCCUUUAACAUAAUGCAAGGAGGCUUCCAGAAAGAGGAUGCUAAGAAUUUGAUCACAGAUGAAAUGAGAAAACAUGUCGAGAAUCACAUAAAGUCCAGCAGCACAAGACUUCUCGGUUUUCUGGCUUUGAUAAAUUCAUAUGUCCCAGGUUCACGCUUGACGAAACCUUUAUGCAAGGAAUUCAUCAAGCAAGAUCGAUGGACUGUUGAGGAAAAACCUUCACUGGAAAUGAUAAUGAAGCCUUUCGAUGAUCUCAUGGUCAUUUUCUCAGAAGGAGAACAGAAAGCCAACUGCAUACGCCUGGCACAUCCACUGAUUGCUGAUGCGUGUCUAAACAUGCUCACUGAGCACAAACUGACCAGAUCUGACAUCGCUCAGGACUUCUUGAAAAAUAUGGUUAAAGGAAAAGAGAGUAAUUAUGAGAAAAUUUGCAAGAGCCUGUUAGUCACAAGGCCUGAGGGUCUGACAGAAAAGGACAUGUUUUCCAGACUGAUUCUUGACAUCAUAAGAGAAAAUAAUACUAACCAGUGCAUUUGUUUGUUGGAGUCGGCUUCAAAAUUGUUCUCAACCGACCCUUUCUAUCCUCAAACACUGGCACGUUUGUAUUACAUUAAGGUACAAGGGGAAAACAAAUAUAAAAAGGCAAAACAAUGGGCAAAAGAGGCUAUUGAUAGAGACUGCACAAAUUCUCAUAUUAGGGACACACUGGGGCAAGUUCACAAAAACCACCUGUCACGGAUCUGGAAUAAAAUAAAGCAGGAGAGGGGGAAAGUGAUGAAACCAUGCACAGACAUAGACACACGUUUGGCCAUGGCAAAGUCUGCCAUUGAUGCAUUUGAUGAUGAAGAGAAGGCAGCUAAAGAUGAGUUAGAAAACCCUAAGACCAAAUACAAUAACAGGGGCCGCUUUGGUUUUCUGCAGGUUUGCAAGGAGAUUUAUGAUUUAAGGACCUUAAUAGGUCCAAAAAAUCCACUUAAACAAAAACACCUUGACUUCAAUGGUCUCAGAGGUAGUGUUGAGGACAAAUAUGAUUUCUUUGAAUGGUAUCUGGCAUUCUCCAAACUGAGCUUUAAAGAAGAAGAUCCAGACUACUUUCACAGAGAUGUUGAAGAUUGCUAUAAGAGAUAUUUUACACAGGACACUCAGAAUGAAGAAAAGACCCUGAAUGAGAAAAAAAAGGAGUCUUUUGGAGGACUGCUUCAUUUCUUAAAAUCGGACAUCAAUGUGUGUAAACAAAACCUGAGUGCAAGUGAAAAACCCCGGUCAGACAAUGAAGACCAAAUCGUUCUCUACAUUCUUGCCAACAUCAUCUUGAGUUUGUCGGGUGAGCCGUGUGAAAAAGCAGAAAAGCUUCAGGCCAGGUUACAGAAACUUUGGUUCAGUAAAGAACAAGGCAGAAGCCCAGAGUUCUACCUCUUGAUCUUUCUGCUCUUUUGGCCUGAUGAUGCACAGAAAGCAAAGACUAACCCUCCAGACCUAGAAAACUGUGUUGAAUACAUGAGUCAGUCAUACGAGAGCAAGUAUGGGGAACACCUCCGCGGCCGCUACCUGGUGCCUCUGUUCUUCUUAGGGACAGAAGGAGGUUUGCAGAGACUGGUUCAUGCAUUAAAACCCAAUAAAAAAGGUUUGCGGAGACUGGUUCACUCAAAACUGCAUCAAACUGAUCUGGAGCUCCUCACUGAAAGAGAUGAAAGUGUGGAAGUCAAGUGUCUUCAGCGCAUCAACGGGAAGGUCAAGAAUCACAGAGUGUUUGCUGUAAGAGAUGAGCAACAGAUUCCCGUCUCUCCUCACGAUCGGGCCAGUGUGUGCAAACAAGGACAGGUGUCUUUCUACCUGGGCUUCAACAUCAGAGGACCUGUUGCCUACAACAUCAGAUAUCAUAAGAACUGUGAGUAA